CAUGAAUCACACUGAAGGCUUAGACUAAAAAUGCAUAGCCUGCCACUGUCGGCAGGGCAUUUGAUUCCUGGAGGGACCUUCGUUCGGUUUUGGGGAUCAAUACCGACCCUGAAUUGGCGUUCUUCUUAUUGGACAGAAGAAAGAACAUCAUAUACAUCUCGGAUGGCAUGAGGGAAGAGACUGCAUCUGGGACUGGAACACGAUGGCUCUGACAGGCAUCGAUUACUUCCAGAGAAGUGAGAUGCACAAGUUAUCUACGGAAGCACAUAAGUAAAAUGAUAAAUAAACCCGUAAAUGAACAAGAGUGAGAGCUUUAAUCGAGGACGGUGUAUCAAACUGGUUGUUGGCAUCUCAUGAAACAGCUGAUGACACAGUAGCUUACUGUAAACAGUUGCUUUAUUCCCCUGUAUCCUGUGCUGACGUGCUACUUCUAUGUCACGCGCGGGAAGAGUAUGAAUUAUUGGCGCCAUCUGUUGCACUGGAGACUCAUCACAAGAGCUCAGAUCAAAAUGACUGUAAAUGAUUGAUCUUGUUACUUUCUGAAAGCUCUCUGAAAUGAAUGAGACUGUAGAAGAGACGCAAGAUGCCUCAAGACCAGAUGAACACUCUCUGCUAUAAAAUUAGAGAAAGAUUCCCCAAGUUAGGGAGUAUUUUCACAUGGCAACUACUCAAAACUCUGCUGAUGGGACAGGGCCUUUCAGCACUGAUCUGUGGAACUGCUGUAACAUCUCAGUAUCUGGCUUCUAUUUACUGCCUGAAUACACCCAUGCUGCAGAGCUUCCUUAAUUAUAGCCUCCUGUGCAUCACUUACACCAUGGCACUGAUCUUCAGAAGAGGUGAUGGCAAUAUUUUCCAGAUAUUAAAGACCAGAUGGUGGAAGUAUUUCUUGUUGGGACUAACAGAUGUGGAGGCUAAUUAUGCAGUCGUAAAAGCUUACCAGUAUACAACAUUAACCAGCAUUCAGCUGCUGGAUUGCUUUGUUAUCCCGGUUCUGAUGAUCCUGUCCUGUUUCUUUCUAAAGACCCGCUAUAGAAUAAUUCACUAUGUGGCUGUAUGUGUAUGUCUGGCUGGUGUGGGAGCCAUGGUGGGGGCAGACAUCCUUGCUGGCCAGGACCAGGGAUCUACAAGUGACAUUCUCCUUGGGGAUGGUCUGGUUCUCGUCAGUGCUACUCUGUAUGCUGUCUCUAACGUGUGCCAAGAGUACACAGUGAAGAACUUGAGCAGGGUGGAAUUUCUUGGCAUGGUUGGGCUCUUCGGAACAAUUAUUAGUGCAAUACAACUAGGCAUUCUCGAAUAUAAUGAAGUGUCUAAAAUUCAGUGGACGUGGCAAAUUGCACUUGUCUUGGUUGGAUAUGCGCUAUGCAUGUAUGCCUUCUAUAGCUUUAUGCCUGUGGUGGUAAAGAUGACCAGUGCCACAGCGGCCAAUCUUUCCCUGCUCACUGGAGACCUCUUCAGCCUGUUUUGUGGGCUCUUUUUGUUCCAAUAUACUUUUUCAGGACUAUAUAUUGUCUCAUUGGUGGUGAUCCUAACUGGAUUCAUCAUGUUUAAUGCUGUCCCUACACUGAACCUAGCUCUCGCCCCAGUGUCUGACGAGGAAGGUUAUGACAAUCAUGCCGCUGAGCUUGAUAACGAGAGCACUCAAGGCUGUGUCGAGGAGAUAAUCUUUGAAAACACAGAGCUAGAGAGAGAUCAAUUCAAGAACUGGCUAAAUGAAGGGCAGCCAGCAUGUGUUGUCAUAAGAAGUGCUAAAAUGUAGCCUUAAUAAAUCAAGCACAUUAAUCAGAAUGGUAAAAUAGACCAUAGACCUUUUUUAAAUAGUUACUUUAUCAUUAUAUUUUAAUAUUGGUCUAUUGAUUCAAGUGUGUCAAUCUCACAAUGGUGAGAAUCACUUACAUUUGUGUUACAAGGAUAUAACUACUUAUUAAUAACAUUUAGUACAUGUUCUUGUCACAUCACAUUUUUGUGUUUAAGCAGCUAAAUUUUAUUAUUAUUGCUUGAGCAAACUGAUAUUUAUGGCACAGGAGGCCUUCAUCGUUUCUUUAAACGUAUAUUCAAACACAAGAUUGUCUGUUUCCUUUAUAUCAGUGUAACAGAAGAACUGUGUUUAUGUUGAUUACUUUGAAAGAGUUCAGAAAUCCAGUGAGAUUUUACAGCUUAGAUGGGGGAAGAUAAAAAUACUGGACCUACAUUUGAUAAUGUUGUAAAGAUUACAAACAUAAUGUAUAACAAAAUUAUUAGAACUACGUUAAUGGUCCUAAAAUUAACUGUAAAUGCUCCAUUUCUCCUGAAAUAGGUCAUUGCUCUCAAAGUAGAAAACACUGAAAAAUGUAUUGUCAAAGUCAUCAUAAAGCAACCAACACAGCAUACAGAGACCUUGAUGACAAUGUGUAAAAAUGAAAAAAUGUACAUAAUUCUUCAGUCAUAACAAAGCAUUAAAAUAAUAUGAAAUUUAUAUAUUACUGUAAACUUCAUGGAUUGCAAAACUGAACAGAGAAACUUUUUGUUUCAUAAAUGUUUCUGUCGUUUUUAAUCAUGUCCAUAUUGUGUUUGUGUCUACAAUAAAAGAAUUACUGCACCAUUA